ACUGAUGAAAGCUUUGGUAUUUUUCAAUUCACUAUGAAUGAUACAAUAGUUGCAUCGAGCUUUAAACACUUAAUCGUCCAUACUUUUCUUCAGUUUAACUAAUUAUUCUAAUUCCCAUGUUUAAUAUUUUUCCUGUAAAUAUUUAGUUUGAUUGUCCAGAAUGUAUCGAGCAAUUCAACCAAGCUUCAACUGUGACACGAUUGAUUAAUGUUUGAAAAUUAGCUUUCUUGUUUUUAAUUCGUCCAAAUACUUUAUUGAUCUACUUUUAUUGGUUUCCAUUUUUUUAAAUUUGAUAAAUUUUGUUAUACAAUGGUUAAGAUAAGUUCACUUUAUUUUAAUCUCAGUUUCUACCAAUUGUGUCAGAAUCUGCUCCUUCAACUACCUAUCAUCUUAACAUUAUUAUUAACAGAUGUUCCUUCAAGUUUGGCUCAUAUUGGUCAACCGUGUAAUUUAUUGGGAAUAUGUUGGCCUCCUAAUUUACAUAUAUACUGUGAUGAUAACAAGAUUUGUCAAUGUAGACCUGAGACUCCUGUAGUUGUUGGUCCACAUCAAUGUAAACGUAACAAAUCUCAUGGUGAUAAGUGUUCAUCCGACGGAGAAUGCGGAUUUUCGGACACCAAUUCUAUCUGUGAUUCCAAUCAGUGUAAUUGUAAAUCUAAUUUCACGUAUGAUCCAUACAUUAUGAAGUGCAUUCAUGCCUCAUUUCAACAAAGAUCAUCUUUUGGUGCAUUUUUCACAAUGCUGUCAUCAGCGGCUCUUUGGGUCGUCCUGGUUUUAAUUGCCUUACUCAUCAGCAUACCUUGCUGCUUAGCCUUCAUGUACCAUUGUGUUUGCUAUGAUAACGCAAAUACAGAAUCAUCACUAUGCCAAGAAUCAAGUAUUCGAUUGAGAUUAUCAGAGACGGGAUUUAGUAAUUCAGAUACAACUAAUACUUCAAACGGUGCAAUUACAGAUGGAGAAAAUGAUGCUCGAAUUUCAUUGCGAAAUGAUGAUAACUCAACACGCCAGUCCUAUGAGUUGAGUAGUUUUGAUGAGCCUCCACCAUCGUAUGACGAAGCUUGUAAAAGAUAUCAGACUUCGCCAAUAUUGAGUAAUGACACAGAUGUGGCUGAUGAUUCUUUAAAAUAAAAACUGGCCAUUUAUUUGAAUAAAACCAUGUAAAAUAAUGGAUCAAGAUGUGUUCUCAUGCUGUUAUCUGCUUUAAAAAAAUCUCGUCAAAAGGAAAAGAGUAAAACAUUUCUCUUCUCUACCUAAAUUACUUUAACCAGAAAAGGAUUAUUGGUUUAAUCCUCGAUAAUGAUAUCAACACUAGAGUAUCAAUGAUGAACCUUGGAAUAUUAAAAUGAUGAGAAGUAUUCUAGUCACAACUCUCUUGCAAAUCAUCAUUGUUUCCAUCAUCAUCGUGUUAAAAGUGAUGUUUCAUUAAAAAAUAUGGCUCAUCAUCUGCUAAUGAGUACAUCUCAAGGAUAUUGUUUUUCAAAGUUUUAACACCUAAAAACACACAUUCGACUUUCACUAGACGCCCAAUACAAAAGCUGAUUACAACAAAACAAACAUUAACUGUUCUAGUAAAGACAAAGACGAAACACAAACGUAAUGAAUAAAUCGUUCUUCUAUUCAAAGUCUAUUCCAGAAUCUUUUUUCCAGUGUCAAAGGACUUGCAUAAAUUUACACCAACACAACAAAAACAAGAUUCUUCUCGACAAAAUGAGGAAAAUGCCAAUUCAAUUUGAAUCAAAGAAUAUUUCCUUUCAUUGUUUCAGCGUCACAAAAUAAUCUUUGUUACCAAUUUUAAUUUUAUAAUUCAUUUUUAAAAUUGACUUUUUUCUUGUAAAAGCAAAAAAGAGGAGAAUGUUUCUCAAUUUUGUCAGAAUUUCUACCAACAAUUUAAUAAACGAAGGCAAACAAAGCCUUUACUCUGUAAAA